AUGGGGCACCCGGCGAGCUGGGCUGCCCUGCUGGUGCUGAGCGCCGCCUGGCAGCUGGUGCUGGGGGACGCAGCAGGAGGGGGCCGGCGGAGCCCGCACAACAUCGUGCUGAUCCUGACCGAUGACCAGGACACGGAGAUCGGGGGCAUGACUCCAAUGAAGAAGACGCAAGCCCUGAUCGGCCAAGCGGGUGUCUCCUUCCCCAAUGCGUUCACAGUCACGCCCCUGUGCUGCCCCAGCCGCAGCAGCCUCCUGAGCGGGCGCUACCCCCACAACCACCUGGUGAGGAACAACUCCCUGGAGGGCAACUGCAGCAGCCCGGCCUGGCAGAAGAACCAGGAGCCACUGGCCUUCCCCAGCUACCUGCAGAGGCAGGGCUACCAGACCUUCUACGCCGGCAAAUACCUCAACCAGUACGGACAGCCCGCGGCCGGGGGCGUCCAGCAUGUGCCCCUGGGCUGGAGCUACUGGAACGGCCUGGUAGGGAAUUCCCGCUAUUAUAACUACACCCUGUCGGCGAACGGGCGAGAGGAGCGGCACGGGCAGCGCUACCAGGACGACUACCUCACGGAUCUCAUUACCAACCGGAGCCUGGAGUUCCUGCAGAAGUGGUCCCACCCACCCUUCCUGAUGGUGCUGGCCCCGCCCGCCUCCCACUCCCCUUGGACCGCAGCGCCAGGCUACGCCACGGCCUACAACACCACCAAGGCACCCCGCAACGGCAGUUUCAACGUCCACGGCAAGGACAAGCACUGGCUGGUGAGACAGGCCAGGAGUCCCAUGGCCAACACGUCCAUCGAGUUCCUGGACAAGGCCUACAGGGAGAGGUGGCAGACUCUGCUCUCGGUGGACGACCUGGUGGAGAGGGUGGUGGGCCGACUAAAGGCCCUGGACCUGCUGGCCAGCACCUACGUCUUCUACACCUCGGACAAUGGCUACCAUGCAGGCCAGUUCUCGCUGCCCAUCGAUAAACGCCAGCUGUACGAGUUCGACAUCCGGGUGCCGCUGCUGGUGCGGGGGCCGGGCAUCAAAGCGAACCAGACCCGACUGGAGCCGAUCCUCAAUAUUGACCUGGGGCCCACGUUCCUGGACAUCGCCGGCCUCAACGUCUCGCAGACCGCCAUGGACGGGCAGUCCUUCCUGCCGCUGCUGGUGACGCCGGCGCAGCCCAGCACGUGGCGGGCAGAUUUCCUGGUGCAGUACACAGGGGAGGGGCACCCGGAUGGGGACCCAGCCUGCCCAGCCCUGGGCCCAGGGGUAUCGCAAUGCUUCCCCGACUGCGUGUGUGAAGACGCCUUCAACAACACCUACGCCUGCGUCCGAGCCCUGCACCCCCACAGCCUGCAGUACUGCGAGUUCGCUGACCGCCAGGCCUUCGUGGAGCUGUACAACCUGACCGCCGACCCCCACCAGCUCCACAACGUGGCCCGGAGCGUGGACCCCACCCUGCUGGAGGCUUUGAACCAGCGGCUGAUCAAGCUCCAGGCCUGCGAGGGGCCCAGCUGCCGGGGCUAG